CUCCACUGCUUUAGCUGCCUUGAUCUCGCUAACCGUGGCGUUUAAUCUUUCAUCCAUCUUAGUAGCUUCCGCUUUGUCUUGUUCUGCUAUUUCCUUGGCCUUCCUUAGCUCCUUUCGUGCCAUUUGAGCUUCUAAUUUAGCUUGCUUCGCUUCCUUGGCUGCUUGUUCUAACGUCUUCAGCUCCACCGUCUUUUCCUCUACCUUCUUCUCCAUUAUGUUGAGUUCAGCUGCGAGAGAUGAGGCCGAUGAAGAUGCGAUACCUUCCCUCUGUUUCAUGGUGGUGAGGGAUGUUCUCUCCAUUUCUACCUCGGACUUGAGCGAAGAAACUGCAGCUCUCAGGCUGACACUAACAAGAACAUGCAGGGAAGUGAGAUGAAGGUAAAGACGGAAAACUUACAUGAACUUUCUCCCUCCUCUCUCUUUUAAUCCAAUGUGCAUGGUGAGGAGAGUUCAAAUAGGAGGGAGAAGAGGUGGAAGACCACUUUUUCCAAAACUCUCACUGCCUUUGGACCAUCAAUAUUUUGGUCUCUCUGCUGGCUUGUAAGCCUGUCUUUUCCUUUAAUACAAUGAUCUUGAUGAGUUCGAUUGUCCAUAUCCUUUUAAUGGGUUGAUGAUGACUCUGCCACCUCACAGCACUUCAUUGACACCUUGUUUAAUAGUUUGUAUGGGUCAAAAUAUUGAGAAGGGAUCAUAAAUGUGAGUAUAUUUGAAUUAGUUUAUUAUCUGUAUUGCUGUUAUAGGACUCAUUUGAAUGGUGGAACAUCUCUCUUUAUCCUACAUAGAAUGAUCUCUAUGGUCAAUGGCUUAAAAUAAAUAGGUACUCCAAAUGGUGCAAUGCAAUUUCUCUGUAUUAUUUUCACAUUUUAGGCUGAGUAAAGUAUUCCUUAUAAUUACAAUAAGAAAAGAUAAGCUUUUUCUUUUAAUCGCUUAACUAUGUUACAAAUCGAUGCAUAUGUGAAAUGAAUUGAACACUGUAAAUGCUGGGAAGGUAGUGCACACUGCAGUGAAGCAACUCUUUCGAGGUCCCCAAGUCCCUUCCCACUCGGUCUCUACUGUUCUCUUCCUCCCUCUCCCAAUAAGUUGGCCUCCGUAGCUCCCACGGCGAAGAGGAGUUGUAGCCUUCUGCCAUCUCCAAACCAUAAGCCCCCCCAUUAUCUGCGCACUUCUGCUUCCAUGGUGGACGUCGACCGCCACAUGGCGGCCCUGACACCCGCCCACGCCGCCGGCCUCCGCCGCCUCUCCUCCCGCGCUGCCGCUGCUCCCUCCUCCUCCUCCCGUCGCCGCGGCCUCCACUCCCACCGCCCCCUCGCCGAGGAUGUCCUCUCCCACCUCCGCGCGUCUUCCGUCCCCCUCGGCCCGGGACUCUCCGAGCCCGAGCUCGCCCGUCUUGAGGCCGAGCUCUCCCUCUCCUUCCCCCCGGACCUCCGCGCCCUCCUCGCCCUCGCCCUCCCCUCCGCUCCCGGCUUCCCGGACUGGCGCGCCCCCCGCCCCGGUCGCCUCCUACGCCUCCCCCUCGCCGCCGCCGCCCUUCAGGUCGCCCAUGGCGCUCUCUGGCCCCGCUCCUGGGGGCCUCGCCCCGCCGAGCCCGUGCGUGCCCUCCGCUGCGCCCGCGCCGCCCUGCGCCGUGCUCCCUUGCUUCUUCCGCUCUUCCGUCGCUGCUACCUCCCCUGUUACCCCUGCCUUGCUGGGAACCCCAUCUUCUACGUGGACGACACCCGCGUCUUCUCCUGCGCCCUCGACCUGGCCGACUUCUUCCAGCGCCAUUUCGCGGCCCUUCAGGCCUUUCCCCGGAGCCUCGACGCCACCGCCGGAUUCAGCCCCCGCCGAAUAGACUUCUGGAGCGAAGCCGCCUUCGACAGCCACUGCCGAAACUCCUAUUCAUCGUCGUCGUCGUCGUCCUUGUGCACCUCCUCUUCAUCCGCUCCCGAGACGCCUUCCUCGUCCUCGUCAUCACCGCCGCUGGACCGGGAGCGGUUCGUGGAGAUCCCGACGCCAAGACUGACCUGGUUCACGAGCUACCUGGACCGGCUCGGCUCGGUCCUGAGGCAAGGCGGGUGGGGGGAAUCGGACAUCAGUGAGAUGGUCUACAUGUCGUCUACGGGGGCCUUCAACGGCUACCAGGACGCCGCGGUCGACGCGGAGGCGGUUCUCGAUGCGCUGCUCGUGAAGGUGGACGUCUGCUCCGACUCGCUACUUAGAGCUGGCUGGGGCUCCGACGAGUUCCCCGACGCGCUGGGCCUCGACCUCGGGCCGCGAAGAGGGACGGAACGCCACCCACCGGUGAAGGUACCGCCGGCGAUUGCUCUUAAAAUCGAGAAGCUCGCCGAGGCGGUGCGCUGAGCCGUAUAACGAGUUGAGAAUAGAGCACAUUGCAUGGUAAAGUGUAUGUAUAUAUAUAUAUAUAUAUAUACGGAUAUCGGUAAUGUAUGUGAGGUCGUAAGUUUUACGCAAGCAAAUGCUUGAUGUUAUGACCAAAUGUUUAAUAUUGAAGUCAAGACUACCAUUGUGAACCCUUCCAACCUUGAUUUUU